AUGAACGCAGCGGUUUCAAAUAAUCAUAGCAUUGAGAAGAAUGUUGUUAAAGAGGAACAGUUUGAUAUUGUAAUGUGUUAUCAAAAGUUUUUAAAAGAUGAUCCGGAUGUUUCUAUGCCAAUUGCCGCUAUAGAAGCAUUAGUAGAGUUAAUUAAGCAUAGCAAAGCAACAACGUUAUCAGAGUUUAUGGAGUCGUUAAAAGAUGCAAGUCAAUUACUGAAAUCAACAGUUAAGAAUUCGAUUUCUUUGUCAGCAGGAGCAGAUUUAUUUCUAAGAUUUGUUACAAGGACGUCACAUGAUGUUACUAAUUUUGAAGCGUGUAAAGAGCAUUUGAUGAAUAGUGGCAAGGUGUUGGUAGAGAAGGCUACAGCAGCUCGCCAUAAAAUUGCUGGAUUGGGAACAAUAUUAAUUCAUGGAUAUUCUCGGGUGGUGAUGUUAGUUUUACAAAGAGCUGCUGCUACACACAAAAAAAGAUUUAAAGUUUAUGUGACUGAAUCUAGGCCUUAUUCUUCAGGAAUCAAGACAACUAAGAUAUUGAGAAAGUAUGGUAUUCCAGCAAUAGUAAUACUCGACACAGCUGCUGGGUAUAUUAUUGAUAAAGUGGAUGCUGUUUUUGUUGGUGCUGAGGGAGUUGUAGAAAAUGGCGGAUUAAUUAAUGCGAUUGGCACUUAUCAAUUAGCAAUAGUAGCCAAAGCUGCUAAUAAGCCAUUUUAUGCAGUAAUUGAAAGCUAUAAAUUUGUUCGAAUAUUUCCACUUAACCAAUACGAUCUACCAACUCACACACCAGAUUUACUAACAUUUCCAGAUUUGGAAAACAAAAUCCAUGUAAAAAAAAUAGGAGAAAUUAUUAAUCCAACAGUAGAUUAUACACCACCUGAAUAUAUCACUUUGUUGUGUACAGAUCUUGGUGUUUUGACACCUUCUGGUGUCAGUGAUGAAUUAAUUAAAUUGUAUUUAUAA